GUCACCGGGCGCACACAGCGUCGUUGUUGGCUUCAACAACCUCUCACUAGACAGUAUUACUUUCAACCGUUUAGCGUUCGGCCAAUGCUACCCGGAGCGGAGGACGGUACCAGUACCUAUUCGUAAACACAAGAGGCAAAUGUCGUGGUCGUCGUCUUCUUCGCCGUUUUCUUCGUCCUCAUCGUCGGUAGUACGCGUGCUUCUCGGUUCGAACCAUGACAAACUCGGCGACGAAUGUCCCGAGUCAGCGAUCCACCAGAUAUAAAUAAAUGAGUUUUUUACGUUCGUUACAGUUCUGACAUUUCUGUGACAUCUGGUGUAUCUCGUGGUGCGGUUUGAUUCUUGCACGUUAUUCACCUUCUUAUACUUCGUACCUCCUCCGUUUCCAACGUUCUUCGUCCUCGUCGUCCAAGUUCCCCUCUUGUGUUCCUCUUAUUAUUGUUGUUGUUUUCGACCGUGUCGUCGUUGUUCAACCCUACGCAACUCGUGGUGUUUUUCCCCCCAUAAAGUAAAAUAAACUCGAGGACGAAUCGACGAUCGAAUUCGUCAAGAUAACAGAGAAGAGAAGGUUGUUCGAAUCUUAUAUGAUAAGGGAACUUUUCACAGUGCACGGAUUACAGUUCCAGUUCUUUUGACAUAUAUUCAUUCCGUUCGUUGGUUGGUCGUUCGUUCGUACGUUCGAUCGGAUGCAUCGUAGCAUCUACGUUAAGAGUUACAAUAGUGUAUAUUCUAACAUUGUUCGAAUCGUUAAUUUAUAGCGUUAUAUAUACUCGGCUGACGGGCAAGCAUCCGAUGUUGAUAAAAAUGACAAGGUGAUGCGUAAACGCAACGGAGGCAAGUGGAAAAUUGAUCGUUUUUACUAUCGUGAUGGAUGAUGACAAUUGACACAUUUAUAUGAAAGUUGUGUUGUGCUGUGUGACAAGUGUUUGUUCUACCCAAUUUGGAUUAUAACGAUACUUGUGGCUGCGUACCGGUCGCCCUAAACUCGGUGUGGAGGAUAAUGUUCUACUUGCAGAUCGUGAUCGGCCAUUAGAUUUAAUCGUAGGGGAGAAAAAUAAACGAAUGAGAGGAAGUGAAAGAGAGGAGGCGGCCAGAAGUGAACCAGACGUAAUACGCGCGUUUCCUUGAAACUUCCGUAACCUAAAAAAGGGAAGGGAAUCGCGGUCGCGCCAAACUGCCAUCUUGAAACAAAAACAUUAUCUGCACAGACUCCUUGGCCUGGCAUAAGUAAUGGCGGCCCACGUUGAGGGGAACUUGGUCUCAUUUUACACGGUAUUCUCUUAACGUUAAAAACGGCGGCGAUCGGGGUGGGAGUGCAGUCCGUGUUAUCAUCUGGCUAUCAUAACACGGCGCCAUCCCACAACGGGGGUGGUGGUUCGACGCUAAGCGCCGCGGCGAUGGUGGCAGCGGCUACCGCCACGGCCACCGCCACUGCCAGCGUGGUGGCCAUGCAGGACCGCCAAGACAUCCCCGCACAGUAUAACCAGAUGCAGAGCCAACAUGGAAUGGCUCACCAGGCGUACAAUACGGGGUACGCGCAGAGAGGAGCGAUGGCUGGACUCGGACCGGUCGGUAUGAAUAACUUCAACAGCAUGGGUUCCAUGGGACCGAUGCAUACGAUGAAUUCUAUGAAUUCGAUGAACGCGAUGAGUGGUAUGAAUACGAUGAACCCGAUGACUAUGGGGGGCAUGAACGGGAUGAACGGGAUGAACGGAAUGAACGGAAUAAGUCCGAUGAACUCGAUAGCGAACAUGGGCAACAUGGGGAUGAACAACAUGAUGGGACCCAACAAUAUGCAGAUGAACAAGAUGAACAUGCAGGCGCAGACUCAACAAGCUUACCCGAGGAGGUUAGCGCCGUAUCCUAAUCCAGCAAUGCACAUGGCGCAAAAGAGGCAGCAAAAUCCUUACCCGGGACCGAAUCCAGGGGCAAUGCAGCCGGGCUUCAACGGGAUGCCCAAUAAUCAGUAUGCGAACGCGUACGCCGGUAGUCGGCCAAGCUUUCAAUCUCAGUAUCAACCGAUGCAGGGAAUGAAUCCUGGCAACGCUGGCUUCGGACCGAAUUCCAUGAUGCGAGGCACCACGAUGAGACAAGCUAACCCGUCUUACAACCCGGCGGCACAAGCCAAUCAGUAUUACGCGAAUAGCGGAGUCCCGACUAACAUGGGACCCACCUCGGUGAACAACCAAUUUGUCGGCCACCAGCAGACACCUGGUUAUGCUGGUACGUCGCCGUACGCAGCUACCAGCCAGUAUCAACAGGAUGUCGCGACAAUGAGGACGAACGGUGCCGGAAACAUGAGCUACCAGCAUAGUCCUAUACCUGGGAACCCGACUCCUCCUUUAACUCCUGCUACCAGUAUGACACCUUAUAUCAGCCCCAAUCCUGAUAUAAAGCCGAAUUUUAACGAGAUCAAGUCACCGGUUAAUAUUCAGAAGGACGACGAGCUGAGAUUAACAUUCCCUGUGAGGGAUGGUAUCAUACUUCCACCCUUCCGGCUAGAACAUAAUUUGGCCGUCAGUAACCACGUAUUCCAGUUGAAAACCACCGUUCAUCAGACGCUAAUGUGGCGAUCCGAUCUUGAGCUACAGUUAAAAUGCUUUCAUCAUGAAGACAGGCAGAUGAAUACCAAUUGGCCGGCGAGCGUUCAAGUAUCAGUCAAUGCGACCCCGCUGGUUAUCGAUAGAGGGGAAAACAAAACAUCCCACAAACCACUUUACCUUAAAGAUGUGUGUCAGCCGGGGCGAAACACAAUACAAAUCACGGUUUCUGCAUGCUGCUGUUCACAUCUAUUCGUCCUACAAUUAGUUCAUCGGCCAAGCGUACGGAGCGUUCUGCAAGGGCUUUUACACAAGAGGUUACAAGCUGCGGAAAUCUGCAUAGCUAAGAUAAAGCGAAACUUCAACAACACGUUAUCGAAUAACGGUAUGCAAUCUGAGAGAGAGCGAGACGUUGUGGAGCAAACAGCACUGAAGGUAUCAUUGAAAUGUCCUAUUACUUUCAAACGGAUUACACUACCUGCACGGGGCAAUGAUUGUAAACAUAUACAAUGCUUCGAUUUGGAAUCCUAUCUACAACUGAACUGCGAAAGAGGAUCGUGGCGAUGUCCUGUUUGCAACAAACCUGCACAACUCGAAGGAUUGGAAGUAGAUCAGUACAUGUGGGGAAUUUUAAAUACUACUCUAAAUACGUCAGAGGUUGAAGAGGUAACGAUAGAUUCGGCAGCAAGCUGGAAACCUGCUAAGAGUGUGACAGGUAUAAAAUCUGAGGAGGACAACGACUGCAAGAGAAUGAGCAAAGCUAUGUCGCCCGGUAGUAUGAAUAUGCCAACAAUGAACAACUGGGACAUGAAUCAGGCAAUGAGUCCCUACAUCGCACCCGACAUGAACAGCAUUGCCAGCGGGUCUAUGAUGAAUAAUACUCCCCCUGCGUAUACCAACAAUAAUAUGAAUCAUAGGAAUUCGUCCAGAGGAUCUUACGACAUGAAUCCAGGAACGAAUAACAGUAGUAAUAACGAUUACUCCAGUGGCGCAGGUCCGCUGUCGCAUCUAAGUGACUCCGUCAAUUCUCUUGAUCCUCUGAACGCAAUGGAGAAGACUCUUAACGAUCAGAUGCCGCACACACCUCACACGCCACACACACCCCACACACCUCAUACGCCUGGCGGUGGAAACAGCGGACCACCGAGCGUACCUCCAUCAUCUCAAGAGUCGACUGGAAACCACAAUCCUUCCGGAAAUACAAGUACAAAUAUCAACAACGACUCGGCAGACAUACCUUCGGACCUCAACUUUGACCCUGCAGCUGUUAUAGAUGGAGAGGGAACUGGGCAAGAGGCAUUGAAUCUAUUGCCUGACAACGUCGUAGACCCAAUGGAAUUACUCUCAUACUUGGAUCCGCCCGAUCUUAAUACACCACCGAGUAGCGGAGCAAGCAGUGGAAAUCCUUCGUCUAGCGACGAUAUACUUGCACUGUUUGAAUAAGAUGCCAGUGUAAUGAAUUAAUCACACAUUACGAGAGGGAAUAAUCAAAUUAAAGCCCAAAAAUUUUGGGGAAAGUGACCACCGAGUCCGUAUCUUACUGCAGUAUGUUCUUACUGUACGUGGCAAGAAUUUAUGUAGUGAGAAUACAAAUAAAUGGGGUCACUGUGGGUGCUUUCACCUAAACAAUGGUACAAACAAUCUUAGCUCUAAUUGUAAUAUUCCUAUUGAUGAAGUUAGGGCAUAUUAGACGUAGGAUAUUGGACCUCUAUCGAUGGUACCACGCAACAUUAGCGCUCGUGUGUCCGAAGAGCACGGUACAUGGAUUAGAAUUGACGCAAUGAUCAAGUUUCUUCAGGCUGCAAGGAGAACGAGUGUACAAUAUUCUUUCACGUGCAAAAGAUUGAAAAUUCGCGCAAAUUAACCCCUGUACUAUGUUCUUCAAACGAAACGGUCUACUCGCGAUCAAAGGCUAUGACGGACCUAUAUCAGAAAUUAAAGAUAUAAAAGUGAAACAAGAAAAAAAAAAAAAAACUACUGUACAGUAUCUUUUGUAUAUAGGUUUCAAUUCAAAUUAAAUAAGAUAAGAGAUAUGCAUCUGUUGUAAAACCACCUUGCUUAUUGAUGGAUAUAGCGCAUAUAGUGUUCCUUUCCUUUAGAUGAUAAUAGUAACAUGUGGAGACAAGUAAUCUAGGGGCUGACGAGCUGUACACUGUCAACUCUUUCAAGUAUCAGUAAAACAAAUUAUCACGAUGUAUCUUUAGAGAUGUAAUGUUGGAAGUCGAAUGACAUAUAAUAAUUCUUAUUGUCGGUUAUAAACAGUUUUUAAAAGACUUGCAGUUUUUGUCUGCUUCAAAUAUAAAUUCUAACAAUGAUCGCAUAUUUUCAGGGUGUCAAGCGACAAUGAUUCAACAAAUUUUCUGACAAUCCCCAAUUUGACAGACGAAAAUAGACAUUUUUCUUUUUAUGAUACGCCAUUCUUUCCAAACAUGCAGAAAGAAACAUCAAUCUCAGACUAUGAACGGUUUAUAGUAGUUUUUCAUAUUUUUCAUUAAUUUCAAGUAAAAAAAUUAUAUUUUUCUUCACUAAUACCCUUUUUACACUAAACUCAAUUGUCUUACGAAGAGUAAAGAGAAAAACCAGCAAGGAAGGAAAUCCAAAAAUUCCAGGACACAUGCCCAAAUCACUCAACAUUUUCCAACCUUAACGGAUGCAUGCAAAUUCUCUGACAGCUUGAUACCCUGAUUUUUAUCAUCAAUCAUAGACGUAAUUUAUUCUCGUUUCAGAAUAGUCUGUCACACUUACGUAAUUAGUUUGUGAAGUAAUUGAAAAUCAAACAAGAUCGUUCGGAACUACCUUUCAGGUACAAUUUAUCUUUCUGAUCCCAAUCAGACUUGAAAAAUUUGCGAUAAAUAGAGGCAGUUGCUCAAGCAAAUAAACGACCAGUAUUACGGUUUUCUACUCGAUGUCUUUUUCGCUAGAUAAACCGAGGUAAUCUGAUUUUAUCAUCACCCUCGAGCUAUCAACUAAAAUCUCCAAGGAUACAUCGGAAAUAAGAGAUUAUAUUUGGGUACGACAAAAUUAUUUUCACAAGCUUGCAUCACUGAAAAAAAUACUGUAAUGUCUCGAAACGAUUCUUGCAUGUAUUGUAUCAUCUAAUUGUUGGCACUUUUUCAGUACAGAGAUUAUACAGUUUAAACUAUACGAACGAUUUUGAGUUAAAUGAAUAUGAUGGUUACAGAAAAAAUGAAUCUAAUUAGUUGAGUUUGAUCAGCUUGUGAAAAUAAAGGCUUUGAAAGUUGUAAUUACUAUUCGCACAAACAUUAAUGAUAAUUCGAUUUGAAUUUGAAAGUGAAAAAUUGGUCAUAUCCCAAAGCUAUGCCUAAAUAUAAAAUAUUGUCAGAGAGUGGCUCGCAAUCCCCUGCUUGCAUAGUAAUUAUUAUAUUUAUAUUUUUUUGUGAUUAAAGAGAGGAGAUAUACUUAAAGUGAUUCAUGUAGAUUAUACAAAUUUUAUAAAAAAAAAAAAAAAAAUAAUAAGAAAUGUAUUUAUAUUAUUACGCGUAACAUGGACGCCCCGAUAAAGAAUUAGAUGCGGUCAAGUUUCUAUUCAUAUAAUAAUAACUAUACAUAUAUAUAAUAAUAACAUUAUGGAGGUUAGUUUUUAAUAUUACUUGUAUUAAGUGCGACUAUUGUAUAUUAUUUGUAUAUAUGACAAAUAGAUUAAUAAUAUAAGCAAAGUGGCAGAUACUUAUUGGCCAGUUAUAACAGUAAAAAAUGGUUAUCUUAAUUAUUUCUCAGAACCAAAACAUACGAGAAACAACGUAUGGUAUUACCUACCUACAACAUACCCCUAGAAAUGAAAGGAAAAGGAGAAAACAAGUAAAAGUAAAUGAACAUGAAAAAAAGUAAUGUGUACAAGACUACAAAUUUUAAUAAGUACAGUUUUAAAAACUGUACACACCUAUUAUUACUGAUAGUAAUAACGGUACUAUUACCUACCCAAUAAAGAUCUAUCUACCUUAA